AUGGCAGACGCCCAAGUCAAUGGAGAGCAAACGCUGGACGCAGGCCGUCUGCGCCAGGUUGCCCUCUCCAGCUCCACCAAGAGGCGCUCUGCUGAGCUGCUCUCGCUGCACGACAAGAUUGUGACCAAAGAAUAUCCUCUCGAGCAAUUACCCAACCUUCUCAAUCUCCUCUUCGACACAUACCCUCUAUACAUCGACACCCAGUCGCGACAAGCCGUGGAAUUGUGCCUGGUCGCCGUCUUCUCUACACCCGACACCGAGUCCCACGUCUCUAGCUUCAUCGCCGCUGUCGAGAAUGAGACCAACAAGACCAGUCUGGCUCCUGCCAACGCCUUCGUCUUGAUCCGCUGGUGUGCUCUGUUCCUCCAACAAUUCGCUCUUCAAAAGUCUCUCUGGGAUGCAUGGGGCCUCAAGAUAGUUCAGGCUCUGCUUCGCGCUGUAUACACCUUCGAGAGCUCCAAUCCCCGUCACAGUACCCACCAAACCGUCCUGCGCGUUACUCGCCGUGGUUUCAGAAAGCUCUUCAGCUCCGAUUUUGGCGACGAUGCCUUGAACCAGUCGAUUACUGCCCUCACCACAAAGGCCGCCACACCCACCCCUCAGAACGCCCUGGUCCUUGGAAUAAUCGCAGGAGUCAGUGCUCGUCUGCCCAAGCGUAGCGCCACAUUCGAGACCAGAAAGCCUGAUUACAAUGCUUUCUAUCUGCGCGAGUUCAUUGGAUCACGAACCGUUCUUCCUCCAUUCCUUGCAAACUCUCUGGUCGAUUACUUCAACUCAUUCAUUAACUUGGAGGACCUGAAGAAGGAGAUCAUCCCCGCUAUAGAGAAGGCACUCCUGAGAGCUCCUGAGAUUGUCUUGAACGACCUUGUUACUCCCAUGAUCGAAGCCUUGCCCAAGGAUCUGGACCUUUCCGAAAUCCUUUCCAACAACCUCCUGAAGCCUCUUGUCUCGAGCGCAAAGUCCAGCAAUGCUACUAUCCGCGCAGGUGCUUUGAGAACUUUCGCCGCUGCUGCCCACCGUUCGCACGACGACAAAUUUGUGGACAAAGUUUUGGCUGAGGUUCUGACUCCCUUGAAGACUGGCAAAGUGCCUUCAGCCGACCAGAAGAUUAUGUUCGCGCAGAUGCUUGCCGCAUUGAACGGCUCAGAAGCUCUAGCUGCCUCUAUCCCUCAAGGUCUCGCACCAGUCGCAGCGAAGGAACCGAACGAAGCAGCCGCGAGUGCUGAAAUUGCUGCCCUCUCCAAGCACCUGAAGUUUGGUCUCGAGAAGGGUGUUACAGUAAAUGCUGCAACAACUGAUGCUUAUGUCAAGGGUGUCGCCGAAAAGCGACUUCCAUUCAGGAAAUUGUGGACCUUGAGCAUUGCCGAGAUCGUUUGGUCGCUUGAGGGAGACGUGUCGAAGCAGCCCGAAGUUGCAGCAUUGGUUGAUGCAGUAAUUGGCAAGAUGAUCGAUUCGUUCAACGAAGUGGUUACCAACCCUGUUUCUGCUACUCAAAACGGGCAAGUCACUCUUGCUUGCGCUGUUACUGCUUUGUCGUUAGCAAAGGUCCCCCAGCUUGCGGAACUGAAGAAUGCAUCCGUUUUGAAGAAAGCUUGCCUCCUGGAUCGUGCGAUCGCCCUCGAACCAAAGCCUUCCUUCCUCCUCAAUUCUCGUGUAUAUACCAAACUUACCUCCCACGAAGAUCUGGUUUGGUUGACGAGGGCACUCGCUGCGACCAGCCCCGGUAUUGCCUCAUCAAGCCCUGCAAUCCAAGACGCCUGGGCUCAGACUUUCAUUUACCUUAUCGUGGCCUCGGGCUUGCCAGCAACAGCCCGCUCCGAGACCGUCACUUCUCUUCGUACAGCUUACUUGGCUCAGCCUGAGGCGGUCGGAAGAAUCAUUACUGAGGCUCUGUCUCAUUGGUCCGCAGAUGUCGAACUAGAGACCAAGGAGAGCGCCGCUCUGCUUGCCAAGACUGGCAGACAAGAACUUCACAAGGUAAUUCGGUGCAUCUGCCUGACUGAAGAAGAAGUUGCCACAGGCCAAGCCACCAUCGAGCAGAGUGUUCUGGACCAGCAGUUGAUCAAUCUUCUGGUCUUGUGCCGCCCGGAAUUGAUGCCAAGAUCUUCGUGGAUCGAGGCUUGUCUCAGAACAGGCACCGACCCCGGUGAGCUUGUGAAGAGAAACACUUCAGAGUGCAUGGAGCAAAUUGUUCAUGUGUCUGAAGACAAACUACUCUCUACUAUCCCUGCAUUCCAACUUGCUGCUUUCCAAGCGACCGCAGACUUGGUGUUCGUGGCUCCCGAAGAAUUGACACCUAUCGUCCUAGAUCAAAUUUGUAACGAUCUGGACCCUAAACUGCUCCAGGAUGUUGGCCCUACCGAGGCUGCCAUCUUCCGCACACCUGAGGGUACCGCUUUCAUCGAUGUUCUUGCCAAGCAAACCCAAGCACAGGCCCCAAGCAAGAACAGCAAAGACUACGAUACCUACAAGUGGGAGCAAGAGCUCAGAGACCAACUCGCCCAGAAGAAGGGUACUACCAAGAAGCUGACUGCUGAUGAGCAAGCCAAGGUCAAUGCCCAGCUUGCAAAGGAGACUGAAGUUCGUGGUAAUGUCACAUCGGUAGUAGCCAAGUUGAGAAGAGGUAUUGGUAUGGUCACUGGUCUCGUCACAGGCCCACCAACCGAGGCAGCCAACUGGUUCACUGUAACCACAGCACGCCUUUUCGAGGUGAUCAACGCCGGAGCAGGCCUUGUCCUGGGCGAUGCUGCUGUUCUCGCUUAUCUCGAGUGUGCUCAAAAGACAUCAUCUCGUCUGGGCCCCAUGCGCUCAUUCGUUGGUGUUGCAGCUUUAAGAGCUGCUGGUCUGACAACCCUACCUGAGUCCAUGCAGGAGGAACCCUUGGGUGACUUGAUCACUCGUGUGCUUUAUCGUCUACGCUUCUUGGGCGAGCAGCGACCUCUUGACGCCGUCACAUUGAGCUACUGCCUUCCCCUCGCGUUCUUGGUCUUGGAACAGGGCGGUGUUGGUAAGUCUGAGGAAGAGGAGGCCCAAGAACAAAUCAUUCUUGCCGCCGAGUUCCUUAGCUUCCACGCUGAGACCUGUAGCGAGCCUCGCUUGGCCCGCAAGGAGGUUCUUUCUGUCUUGAUCUCCUCGCUUCAAGCUUACCAACAACACUUCCGUCUCUUCAAGGACUGUUUCUCCGAUGUCUGCAGAAGCGUUGCUCCCAAUGCUACCGAAGCCGAGACCGAUGUGGUUGUCAAGGCCACUAUCGUGCCUGAGGCUUCCGUACGUGAGGUAGCUCUGCAAGUCAUUAGUGCCGAAUUUGAGCUUUCUGGCAAAGACUUCUAUGAUGAGAUCUUCCUCGCGACACAUGAUGAUGUUGAGGAGAACGUCGAGUUGGCACACGAGAUCUGGGUUGAGAACGAGCUCAAGACAUCGCCCGACUCAGCCGAUACCAUCGUCAAAUAUCUGACUUCGCACGACAUUCAGCUUCGCCGUGCUGCUGCACGAUCAUUGGCAGCACUCGUGCAGGAGCAUUCGAGCAUCUCCGACAAUGUUAUCUCUCGCCUACAAGACACCUACAGGGAGGAUGCGAAGCCGAGAGCACCUCAGCGUGACAAGUACGGCAUGCCUAUCAAGAUGGAUCUUUCCGACCCUUGGCAAUCCAGGCAGGGUAUUGCCCUUGCUUUCAACCAACUUACCCCAACCUACACUAGUGAACAACUCGUACCUCUAAUGCAGUUCAUGGUCGCAGAUGGCGCUCUGGGAGAUAAGAACGUCACCGUUCGCGAUUCCAUGCUCGAUGCAGCUACUGCCAUCAUCGCCGCCAAGGGCAACCUGCAAGUCGAGACUCUCAUGAAACUUUUCGAGACCACGCUCGAAGGUGGCUCUGGAUCUUCAACUCAAGAUGCAGUAAACGAGGCCGUCGUUAUUUUGUAUGGUGCUCUCGCCCGUCACUUGAAAGCUGGUGACAGCAGAGUGCCCAAAGUCGUACAACGUCUCUUGACGACUCUCAACACUCCAUCAGAGUCCGUGCAGUACGCUGUCGCUCAAUGUCUUCCUCCUUUGGUUCAGGCUUCCAGCAAAGAAGCAGGACAAUACGUCCAGCAGAUGAUGGAUACCAUGCUUACAUCCAAGAAGUAUGCUGUUAAGAGAGGUGCAGCUUAUGGUCUGGCCGGUAUCGUGAAGGGUAGAGGUGUCUCUGCUCUCCGUGAAUUCCGUAUCGUGUCGAACUUGGUAGUCGCCACCGAAGAGAAGAAGGAUCCCUACAAGCGCCAAGGUGCUUUCCUCGCCUACGAACUUUUGUCUCUCAUUUUGGGUCGUGUCUUCGAGCCAUAUAUCAUUCAAAUCGUGCCACAGCUCUUGUCUGGCUUUGGUGAUGCUAUUACUGACGUUCGUGAAGCAUGUCUCGACGCCGCCAAGACAUGUUUCGCCAGCUUGAGCUCCUAUGGUGUCAAGCAAGUUCUCCCUACGCUGCUCGAGGGUCUCGAUGAGCAGCAAUGGAGAAGUAAAAAGGGUGCUUGUGACUCUCUCGGUGCUAUGGCCUACCUGGACCCUGAGCAACUGGCUGUCAGCUUGCCAGAAAUUAUUCCGCCAUUGACUGAGGUUCUGAACGACAGUCACAAGGAAGUCAGAGCAUCUGCCAACCGCAGUUUGCAACGCUUUGGAGAUGUUAUCAGCAACCCUGAGAUCAAGAGUCAGGUCGAUAUUAUCUUGAAGGCUCUGAGUGAUCCUACCAAGUACACCGACGAUGCCCUGGACGCUUUGAUUAAGGUAAACUUCAUCCAUUACCUCGAUGCUCCGUCAUUGGCGCUGGUUGUUCGUGUUCUGGAACGUGGUCUGGGUGACCGCUCUGCAACAAAGAAGAAGGCUUCCCAGAUCAUCGGUAGUUUGGCACACCUUACUGAGCGUAAGGAUCUUAUUACUCAUCUUCCCAUCUUGGUCGCCGGUCUCAGAGUCGCCAUCGUCGAUCCUGUUCCUACCACUCGUGCCACAGCCUCUAAGGCUCUUGGUUCAACAAUCGAAAAGCUUGGUGAGGAUGCUAUGCCGGAUCUUAUUCCCAGUCUUAUGGCCACCCUCAAGUCAGACACUGGUGCUGGCGACAGACUUGGAUCUGCCCAGGCUCUCAGUGAAGUUCUUGCUGGUCUCGGUACCAGUCGCCUCGAAGAGACUCUGCCCACUAUCCUGCAAAACAUCUCGAGCUCCAAGCCUGCAGUCCGCGAGGGCUUCAUGUCAUUGUUCAUCUACCUGCCCGCCUGUUUCGGUAACAGUUUCUCGAACUACCUUUCCAAGAUCAUUCCUCCGAUUUUGUCUGGUCUUGCUGACGACAUUGACACAAUUCGUGAGACCGCUCUGCGUGCCGGAAGAUUGUUGGUCAAGAACUUCGCCACUCGCGCUAUCGACCUGCUGCUUCCUGAGCUCGAACGUGGUCUGGCAGAUGACAGCUACCGCAUUCGUCUCAGUUCCGUUGAACUUGUUGGUGAUCUACUCUUCAACCUCUCUGGUAUUAGUGGAACCGCAGAGCAAGAGGAAGCCGAGGAAGGUGCCAACGAAGCAGGCCAAUCACUUCUCGAGGUUCUUGGAGAAGAGAAGCGCAACAAGGUUCUGUCUGCAUUGUACAUCUGUCGUUGCGAUACUUCUGGUCUUGUCCGCACUGCCUCCAUCAACGUCUGGAAAGCGCUUGUCGCCUCGCCCCGUACCCUUCGCGAGCUUAUCCCCACCCUUACCCAACUUCUCAUUCGCCGUCUUGCAAGUCCCAACAUGGAGCAGAAGGAGAUUGCCGGCAAUGCUUUGGGCGAGCUUAUCAGAAAGGCCGGCGAGGGCGUUCUCUCGACUUUGCUGCCUACUCUCGAAGAGGGCCUCCAGACCACCGAUGUGGAUGCCAAGCAGGGUAUUUGUAUCGCUCUUCGCGAAUUGAUCGCAUCUGCCUCGCCCGACGCCCUCGAGGAUCACGAGAAGACUCUUGUCUCCGUGGUACGUAUCGCUUUGGUCGACAGCGACGAAGAUGUCAGAGAAGCAGCCGCAGAGGCCUUCGACUCUUUGCAAAAGGUCCUUGGCAAACGCGCCAUCGAUCAGGUCCUGCCUUAUCUGCUCAAUCUGCUCAGGUCCGACGAGGAUGCAGACAAUGCUCUUUCGGCUCUUCUUACCUUGCUCACCGAGCAGACCAGAUCCAACGCCAUCUUGCCCAACCUUUUGCCCACCCUUCUCACUCCCCCCAUCACUGCGUUCAACGCAAAGGCUCUGGCUUCGCUUGCUCAAGUUGCAAGCUCUGCCAUGACAAGAAGAUUGCCAAACAUCCUCAACGCACUCAUGGACAGCGUGCUCGCAACCAAGGACGAAGAGCUCCGUACCGAUCUCGAGAACUCCUUCGACGCUGUGCUUCUGUCCAUCGACGAGUUCGAUGGCCUUAACACUGCCAUGAGCGCCAUGCUUGCUCUGACGAAACACGAAGACCACCGUAGAAGAGCCCGUGCGGACAUGCAUCUUGCCACGUUCUUCAAGACAAGCGACCUCGAUAUCUCACGCUACCACCCCGAUCUCAUCCGCACUCUGCUCAUCAGCUUCGAUGACAGCGAUGCCGAGGUCGUCAAGGCAGCAUGGUCUGCACUGUCGGCGCUUACCGGACGCCUACGCAAGGAGGAGAUGGAGUCUCUGGUCUUCUCUACCAGACAAACACUCAACCAUGUCGGUGUUGCGGGCCACGCUCUACCUGGUUUCUCGCUGCCCAAGGGUAUCAAUGCUAUCUUGCCUAUCUUCUUGCAAGGUUUGAUGAAUGGUUCUGCCGAACAGCGUACGGCAGCCGCAUUGGCAAUAUCGGAUAUCAUCGACCGUACCAGUGCCGAUUCGCUCAAGCCUUUCGUCACUCAGAUUACCGGUCCAUUGAUUCGUGUUGUGUCUGAGCGUUCGGUCGAGGUCAAGGCUGCUAUUUUGUUCACUCUCAACAACCUGCUCGAGAAGAUUCCCACUUUCCUCAAGCCUUUCUUGCCUCAGUUGCAACGCACAUUUGCCAAAUCGCUUGCCGAUACUUCGAGCGAGAUUCUUCGUAUCAGAGCCGCAAAGGCUCUCGGUACUCUGAUCACCCUCACUCCCCGUAUCGACCCUCUUAUUGCUGAGCUGAUCACUGGUUCGAAGACUGCCGACUCCGGUGUCAGAAAUGCCAUGUUGAAGGCAUUGUAUGACGUGGUUGUCAAGUGCGGAUCCAGCAUGAAUGAGGCUUCUAGAACCGGUAUCUUGAGUUUGAUAGACUCUGACACUGGCGACUCAGACGAAGCUUCUGCCAUCACCAACGCACGCUUGUUGGGUGCUUUGAUCAAGGUUCUCCCAGAGGAUGUUGGUGGUGGUCUCGUCAAGGCACGCGUCCUGACCCCCGACCACACCUACCCCUCCGUCCUUGCUCUCAACUCAAUCUUGGCCGAGGCUCCUGAGUCGCUGACAGGGCCUUUCGCCGAUGUCCUGCCUUCUACCAUCUGUCAAGGUAUCGGCAGCAGCCUGCCUGCCAUUGCAGACAACUGUGUCCUCGCAGCUGGCAAAUACCUUCUCACACCUUCGUCCGACAAAUCGUACGAGCCUGUAAAACAGAUCAUGGAGGCCCUCGCCGCAGCAAUCGCACCCGGCAAGCCCGUCGACACACGCCGCCUGGCCCUAGUCGUUGUCCGCACCAUCUCGCGCGAGCAAAACGAUCUCAUCCGCCCGCACCUCGCCCUUCUGACUCCAGCCGUCUUCGGCAGCGUCCGCGACAUGGUCAUCCCCGUCAAGCUCGCUGCCGAAGCCGCAUUCCUUGCCAUGUUCAGCGUUGUCGAAGAAGAAGACGCAGUGUUUGCCAAAUACAUGGCUGGACCUGGAGCCGAGCUUGCCGCUGGCCCUAAGCGUAGUCUGCAAGAUUACUUCAAGCGCAUUGCCACGAGAUUGGGCGCGCAGGCCAGAGAGCGCAAGGAAGCCGAGGGUGGACAGGGUGGAUUGGGCCUGUCUAGUGAUGAGCAGGAGGACAUGAAGGAGGUGUGGAGUGUUGGUAAGGUGGACAUGGAGAGCGGUGCUUUCAAGGACGAGUAG